AUGGCGGCGCCCAUGCUGUGCUGGUGGUGUUUUGGAAGGCGUUGGGUUUUAGCCUGCAUUGACGGCGGUUCUCGCCACGGAAGAGGGGCUGCGAUUGGGUUCACUUCCAGCAGGAAAAGGGGACAGACCUCCGUGGCUCAGCAGCCCCUCAUCACCUCCCAGAAGUCAAGGAAAGGUGAACAUGAAUGGGCAGCUGUGGUAGGUUUGGAAAUUCAUGCCCAGAUCUCUUCCAACUCUAAACUCUUCUCUGGAUCUCGAGUCCACUUUGCAGCACCUCCAAAUUCUUUGGUAUCUUUCUUUGAUGCAUCUCUGCCUGGAACUCUGCCGGUUCUCAACAGGAGGUGCGUAGAAGCAGCCGUGAUGACAGGCCUGGCACUGAACUGCCACAUCAACAAGAAGUCCUUGUUUGACAGGAAACACUACUUCUAUGCAGACCUCCCUGCGGGCUACCAGAUUACCCAGCAGAGGCUCCCGAUUGCUGUGAAUGGGAGCUUAGCGUAUAGUGUGUGUGUGGGGAAGAAGCCGAGUCGGGUGAUCACCAAGACCGUGAGGAUCAAGCAGAUCCAGCUGGAGCAAGACAGUGGCAAAAGCCUCCAUGAUGAGCUGCGGUCUCAGACGCUCAUCGAUUUGAACAGGGCAGGAGUUGGACUUCUGGAAGUGGUGCUGGAGCCGGACAUGUCCUGUGGAGAAGAAGCUGCAACAGCCGUCAGGGAGCUGCAGCUGAUACUUCAGGCCCUGGGGACCAGCCGGGCAAAUAUGGCAGAGGGCCAGUUGAGAGUGGAUGCCAAUGUAUCUGUGCACCAUCCUGGAGAGCCUCUGGGGGUUCGAACCGAAGUGAAGAAUCUCAACAGCGCCAAGUUCUUGGCCAAAGCAAUAGACUCUGAAAUUGAGAGACAAAUCCACGAACUUGAGAAUGGACGUGAAAUUCUGAAUGAAACACGCUCAUUUGACUACAAGCUGGGGUGCACCAUGCCAAUGAGAGACAAAGAAGGAAAACAAGACUACAGGUUUAUGCCCGAACCCAACCUGCCUCCCCUGCUGCUCUAUGACACCGAGUCUCUGCCUUCUGGCACGGACCCACAGCAAGUGAUCAACAUUGACUGGAUUCGGGAGCGGCUCCCUGAGCUCCCCAGUGAGACCCGGGAGAGGCUUAUUCAACAGUAUGGCAUGCUGCCAGAACAGAGCUUCGCCUUACUGAAUGAAGUUGGCCUACUGGAGUUCUUCCAAAAUGUGAUAAAAGAAACUAGGGCAGAGCCAAAAAAAGUAACUAGUUGGGUCCUCAACAUUUUUCUGGGUUUUUUAAAGCAACAGAACCUUGCUGUCAAUGAGAGUCCUGUGACACCUUCCUCACUGGCUGAGCUACUCAACCUGCUGGACCGAAAAGCCAUCUCUUCCACAGCAGCUAAACAGGUGUUUGAGGAACUGUGGCGCAGUGAAGGGAAGACUCCCUCGCAGAUUGUUUCAGAAAAGCAGCUUGAACUGAUGCAGGAUCAAGAGGCUCUGGAACAGGCCUGCCACACUGUGAUGGAGGGGCACCCUCAAGUGGUAAUGGACGUGAAGAGGGGGAACCCCAGAGCUAUAAACAAACUGAUUGGGUUGGUCCGAAAAGCAACUCUCAGCCGAGCAGACCCAACUGCAAUAAAGGAGAUCCUGGAGAGGAAGCUGUCGCCAUGAGCCAUCCCAGGUCCCUCUGUGCCCAAGGGAGAACAGAGCGACCGUGACUGAGAACUGGAGCCCAUGACACGUGCCAUCCAGUGGCUGGACAUGCCAGUGCCUCCCAGGCCCCAGCCACGGGAUGCCACCUGCACAGACAGCCCGGCUGCCUCUUGGACAUCAGACUGGUUCCAGCUGCGUUGGUGGUAAAGAAACAGCACAUUUCCAGUGCUCAGUGAUGCAGAACUAAGUGAGACCCUGUUUCAGAGGCUGUCACCGUUCUAAAAGAACUUUUCAUUCGUUGGCAUGCAGUAUUUUAGACCUGAGAGUAGAGGAGUGGAGCAAAAAACCACCACAGAAUUGACACGUUGUGAACAUACAUCAGUCUCAGGAGGCCUCGUGCAGACAGGAAGGAGAGUGUUAGUCUUCCUUACAUUCCCUCAUCCGAGGACUAAAAGUGACGUGGCCCGUUGAGCUCCCUAGGGAUCCUGGAAGGUAGAGGUCUGAGAAUUAAGUGAAAAAUUUUUU